AUGGUAUGGAAACCAAGCACGUCUCAGGACGUCUCUGAAGCUGUCUAUGUCUUUCGUGCCUCUAAGACUGUGAAUGCAAUGAAUGCUAUACACAUACCUCUUCGAAUUUCCCCUGGCCUUCCAAAAGACUACACCAAUGCCCCAGAGCAACCGCCUCUUUGCACAAAUUUAUUCGGAACCUCCUACCUGGAGAGCCUCCGCGACCACGCAACAGAGUACUGCACGCCUGACUCCCCCGCUAGCUUGACAUGCUUCCACACCCAGACCAAGCCAGGCGACCGAAUCGACACUUUCUGCCUCGCCCGCGGGGCUGUCUUCGACCCAUCCCAAGCCAAGUACAUCUUACCCUGCACCCUCAGAGACCUGCCCCGUACCAACGGCAUGCCCAGUCUCCGCGAAUUCCACUUUUACUGGUACGGCACUGGAGCCGGGAUCGUCAUCCACAAUGGCAUCCGCAUCGUGCCUCCACACAAGAACACCCUCAAUAUCAACACUACCAUCCCACCCGACAAACAGAACUACACCAUCCUGACCAAGCGCGAAGGUGGCCAAAACUUCUGGCACUCGCUCAUGGAAAUCUUCUCCAUGACUCUCUCACUCGACGUGCUGCAAAUGACUCCCAUCCCAGACAUAAACACCAGCACACCACUCUUCGCCCCCUCAUCUAUCCCCAACACCGACGUCACCCUAGUCGACACCGCCGACGCAGGCCCCUUCAUCGACCUCUGGUCUCUCUUCGCUCAUAAACCUGUCCGCCGCCUUCCCCAACCGUCCACCACCACCACCACCACAACAGAUGAAACCACACCCCUCACACCAACAAACCUCAUCAUCCCCCUCCCCGGAGCCAGCAACCCCCUCUGGCACGGCGACUGGUCCAUCCUCCCAUGCACCUCCUCCCCCUUGCUACGCACCUUCAUCACCCGCAUCCUAUCUUUCUACGAUCUCUCCCCAGUCCCCGAAGCAGACCCCAACACACUCACAAUCACAUUCAUCAACCGCACCUCUACCCGCCGUCUAGUGGAUGCUGAAUCCCUUCUCUCCUCCCUUUCGACAUCCCUACACACUGACCCCAAGAUAAAAAUUCACAUCCAAUCCAUCGACUUCGCCUCCCUCUCGCUCCUCGAACAGCUCCGCGUCAUCAGCUGUGGUGGAGGUUCUUCCCGAGGGGCUGGAACAUAA